CAAAACGAGGCUGUCAGUGAAAAGUUUUAUUUCAAGUUGUGAUGAUGAGAAGCAAUGUUUCCAAAAACUAGCACGGAGACUAAUAAAAGUGAUGUUGCUUGCACAAAUAGCGAAUUAGAAAUCAAGCAAGCUGAUUCUUCUAAGAGGGAAGCAAGUUCGACCAAACAUGAUUCUAAAGCAGAAAUUGGCCGAUCAAGCAAUGAUAAUGGCUUGCUCACUGGUAUCUUUUGCAGUUGCCUGAAACCAAUUUGCGGGAUUUUUGCAAGGAAAGAAAAAAUAAAGAAGGAUUCUUGGAUAAUACCUUUUAAUGCCUUGACAGAAAUCCGUUUGAUAGGGUCAGGAGCCCAGGGUGCAGUGUUCCUCGGUCAUUACAAAAACGAAGAGGUUGCAAUCAAGAAAGUAAAAAAUGAGAGAGACACUGAUAUCAGGCAUUUGAAACAUCUCGACCACAAAAAUAUCGUCAAAUUUAGAGGAAUUUGCAAGCAAUCAUUCACAUUUUGCUUGAUAAUGGAAUACUGUCCAUAUGGCCAGCUCUUUGAAGUUCUCAAAGGUGGAAAAGACAUAACCCCUGCACUAUUGGUUGAUUGGUCAAGGCAGAUUGCAGAUGGAAUGCACUACCUACAUUUGCAUAAAAUCAUCCACAGAGAUCUAAAAUCACCAAACAUUUUGAUAUCUUAUAAUGAUAUUAUAAAGAUAUCUGAUUUUGGAACAUGCAAAGAGUUGUCAGAAAAAAGUGCAAAAAUGACGUUUACUGGUACUGUUGCUUGGAUGUCACCUGAAAUGAUUCGAAAUGAGCCAUGUUCAGAAAAAGUUGAUAUUUGGUCUUAUGGUAUUGUAGUUUGGGAGCUGUUAACAGGAGAAAUGCCAUACAAGGGUGUUGACUAUUCAGCUAUCAUCUGGGGAGUUGGGAACAACAGUUUGCGACUGCCAAUACCCCAAAGCUGCCCAGAAGGAUAUAAACUUUUGCUGAAUCUUUGUUGGCAUUCAAAGCCAAAGAAUCGCCCGUCAUUUCGACAAGUGUUGAUGCACAUAGAAAUUGCUGCUACUGAUGUGUUGCGACUUCCUUUGGACAACUACAUGAAUAGACAGGUAAACUGGAGACGAGAGGUCGAUACCUAUUUUGAUCAACUGAAGCACCAAGGAACCCAGUUCUCUGCCAUUGAAGAAGAACUUAUCCGAAAAAGGAAGGAGCAAUUGAAGCAUGCUAGAGAAGUCAGACUUUUGUAUGAAGAACGAUUGACAAAAACAAAUAAUCUUUAUAAGGAACUCACGGACUGUAUUCACCAACUGCAAACAAGAGAGCAAGAUUUACUCAAACGUGAACGAACACCUACUUUCAAGAACAAGGCUAAACGAUGCUGUUGUGGCACAAACAGCCAUGGAAAGAAAACUGGAAAGUGCCACCGCUCAUCUGCAAAACAAGGUGGGAAGAAAUUUCAAGUGAAAAAGUAUACAACAAAUGAAGAGCCAAAAACAAAGACAAAGUUACAAGAAAGGAUUUUUGCCGACAGAUCAUUUAACCUCACAAGUAAAGCGAUGAAUGCAGGGGACACUCUACCAAGGGGGAGAAGUCAGUCAUAUUCGGAAGACAGAAGGGCCCCGAAAUUUGCUGACAUCCAGCCACUUAUAGAGAGUAAAUGUUCUGAACAACAUGCUUCAGAUGAUAAUCUAUCUGAAAAUAACGAUUUAACUUCAGAAAAGCCAGUUGUUGAAAGGUCAGCAUUUCAAAAUGCUAUAAAUGAAGGGCGUUAUUUCUUAGGGGAAAGCCUAGGAAGAACCUCUCUUGAACUCAAUGGCUCAUACGCUAAUAGUGAUCAUGUAGAUAAUGUGAAUCAUGAUCAGCUAGACUGGGACGAUGAGUUCAAACUGGCAAGCUCAUAGCGUUUGACAGUCGCAGCUAUACAGAUGCUAAUAGGUUAUUGCAAUGUUUACUUCUCUUUGUAACGAGAAUAUAUGUGAGAUAAUAAGACACUGUCGAGGGGGUGCAAUGUGCUUCAACUUUAAGUCUGUGUCUUCUAUAUAUUGACUGGUUUUAAACAGAUUUAUUUGUUUUUUCACCUCCCUUUAAUCGAGAUAUGAAAUGAACUGGAGUGCUUUCUGGCAAAGCUGAUGGUUGGAGUAAUUCAAAAACAUCAUUACCAGUAUAACUGGAAAUCUGUUAUCACACAGUCGUUAACUUUGAAUUACAAAAAGAAACAAUUUAUUUAUAGUAGUUUUACUUAAAUUUUACUAUCUAAAUGAAAAGUAUAUGUGAACCUAUUCAUAGGUCAAAAUAUAUUUAUAUACAGUAGAGAAGAUGAAUUUAUAAAUGAAAGAACAACGAAGGUUAACAAGAUUCUCGAAGAGCUCUGUAAGGAAAGAAGUUUCCUUUUAUUGAUGCCAGUAACCUUAACAUUCAAACACAUGUGAAUCACAGUGGCCUGCACUAGAAUCACAUUGGGGAUGGUAAGCUUGCUUUGAAUAUUAUAUCUGCGUUGCGGGAUUGACCUCCAGCCUGUAUUAGCAAUGAAUCGAAUGAGAACUUUGAUGGACAAAACGAAAAAUUACAAAAAAAAACAUUGCAGCCUAACAUAAUAGUUACUAAUGAUUUAUUAGAUAACUCUGAUGAUGAGAAUGAGGAUGUAGAUGCCAGU